AGCCCAGGGCUCGAGGCGGGAAGUGGGCGCGGCGCGGGCUGUGCUGGGCGAGCGGCGGCUGCGGACCAGGAUGGGAGCCGGGCCGCCCGGCCGCCUGCAGCGUCUGGAGCCCCGCUGAAGCUGCCGCGAGAACGCCGCCCGGGAGCCGAGAUGUGCCAGCGCCUGGGUGGCCUGAGUGCAAGUGACUUCCGGAAGGUGCUGAUGAAGAUGGGGCUGGUGCUGGUGGUGCUGGGCCACGUGAGCUUCAUCGCAGCUGCGCUGCUGCACGGCACCGUGCUGCGCUAUGUGACCGCCCCCCAUGAUGCCGUGGCCCUGCAGUACUGCGUGGUCAACAUCCUCUCUGUCACUUCGGCCAUCGUGGUCAUCAUCUCUGGCAUUGCAGCCAUCGUGUUGUCACGCUACCUCCCCAGCAGCCCCCUGCGCUGGACAGUGUUUAGCUCGAACGUGGCCUGUGCCCUUCUCUCUCUGACCUGUGCUCUCGGCCUCUUGGCCUCAAUCGCUGUGACCUUUGCCACCCAAGGCCGGGCACUCCUAGCUGCCUGCACUUUUGGGAGCCCCGAACUACUGGCACUGGCGCCUGACUGUCCCUUCGACCCCACACGCAUUUACAGCUCCAGCCUGUGCCUCUGGGGCAUCUCGUUACUGUUCUGCGUGGCAGAGAGUGUGUUUGCUGUGCGCUGCGCCCAGCUCGCCCACCAGCUGCUGGAACUGAGGCCCUGGUUGGGGAAAAGCAGCCACCACAUGAUGCAGGAAAGCCCAGAGUCUGUGGAGGACCGUGACCUGCCAAGCUGCACUAGCUCUGGGCCAUUGACCCUCUGACCGCAAAUGCCUCGCCCCAUGGCCACUAGAGCCCUGCACCCAAGUCUGCACUGUGAUCAGGCCGGGAUUCCUGGAGCCAGCCAAGAGGACUCGGCCGCAACUCCAGGACCCGGGUGGGGCUUUCACCCCCCUACUCCAGCCACCCAGCCCACUGCACUGAAACGAGACUUUAUUCUGAAGUUAAUAAAAACAACAGAGAUGCUCCA